GUCUUUCAAGUACGCAAGGUUACUGGGAUAACUUCUGGAAAGAUAUUUGCUAUGAAGGUCUUAAAAAAGGCCAUGAUCAUACGAAAUGCGAAGGACACGGCUCACACUAAAGCAGAGAGGAGCAUCCUGGAGGAAGUUAAGCAUCCCUUUAUUGUGGACCUUAUAUAUGCCUUCCAGACAGGAGGCAAACUUUACCUCAUACUCGAGUAUCUUAGCGGUGGUGAGCUGUUCAUGCAGCUGGAGAGGGAGGGCAUCUUCAUGGAGGACACGGCCUGCUUUUAUCUAGCAGAAAUUUCCAUGGCCUUGGGUCACCUCCACCAGAAAGGCAUCAUCUACAGAGAUCUGAAACCAGAAAACAUCAUGCUUAGCAACAAUGGUCACGUGAAGUUAACAGACUUUGGACUCUGUAAGGAGUCGAUACACGAUGGCACAGUUACACACACCUUCUGUGGAACCAUAGAGUACAUGGCACCAGAAAUCCUAAUGAGAAGUGGCCAUAACCGAGCUGUGGACUGGUGGAGUCUGGGGGCUCUGAUGUAUGAUAUGCUAACAGGAGCUCCUCCUUUCACGGCCGAGAAUCGCAAAAAGACCAUUGAUAAAAUCCUGAAAUGCAAACUAAACCUUCCUCCGUACCUUACUCAAGAAGCACGGGACCUUUUGAAAAAGCUGCUAAAGAGAAAUGCAUCACAGAGGUUGGGAGCAGGUCGAGGAGAUGUAUUAGAAGUUCAGGUUCACUCCUUCUUCAGACAUACAAACUGGGAUGAUCUACUGGCUUGUAAAGUUGACCCACCUUUUAAGCCUUUUUUGCAAUCAGCAGAUGAUGUUAGCCAGUUUGAUUCAAAGUUUACCAGUCAGACUCCUGUAGACAGUCCAGAUGAUUCAACACUCAGUGAAAGUGCCAAUCAAGUCUUCCUGGGCUUUACGUACAUAGCUCCAUCUGUGCUCGAAAACAUGAAGGAAAAGUUCACAUACGAGCCAAAAUCCCGUUCACCUCGCCAGCUUCUGGGAAGCCCGAGAACACCAGUGAGUCCUGUAAAGGUUAAAGGGGAUGAUGGUUGGUCUCAAGGUCCACCCUUCCCAGAAGAACCCUCCUCGCACCCCCUCACUGAUACAAGAAUGGAGGUGUCCAGUGUGGAGCAGAUGGACAUUAAUAGCGGCAUAGAGGUUUCCGCCCCUCUUCCCAUCAAAAGGCCUUUGGGAUCCACCAUGGGACCAUUCAUGCCUUACCCUGUGCUUUCCAAGAGGCCUGAACAUUUGAGAAUCAAUCUAUGAUGUCUCUUUUUGAGUUUUGCACUUUAGGAAUUUAUCAAAAUACCCAGAAGGCCUUCUCGUACCUACUUUCUGUCACAUGAACACUUGUCGCCC